UUCGAAAACGGUAAACAUUAUUGAUAACAUUGUACUUUUGGAUGUACCAUGUGGCAUUCACGCAACUUUAAAAAUAAUAAUUUGUGACUGUCAACAGAGGAACGGCCUAAACUCCUAACAACAGCCACUUCGUUUUCCAAAUAUGACCGGGCCACAGAAGAAGAAAAAGCACCAUGUAGGCGACACAUUCUACAAACGGAAAUACAAGACCAAGCACAGAGCCAGAGACAUCGACGAGGUUGAUAAGGACCUAAAAAAAGAAAAUGCAGACCGUUUGUUAAAACAAGCUCUUGAUUUUGAUAAACCUGGGGAAGGACAACACUAUUGUAUACAUUGCGCACGCUACUUUUUGAGUGAUCAAGUCCUACAAGAUCAUUUUCGUACAAAAUUGCACAAGAAACGGAUUAAAGAACUUAGGCUCGAACCAUAUACUAUUGAAGAGGCCGAAAGAGCUGCUGGUUUUGGAAGUUACAUAGCUCCAAAAGAAAGAGUCAUUGUUACACAACCGAUUAAUGUGGAAGAAUAUAAAGAACCUGAAGAAGUUGCUGAUAUUUGUUCAUUAAAUAUAGAUUUACAAUGAUUAAAAAAUUGUCUUCUAUUAAUUCCCUCUUAAAGGUAACUAAAAAAUAUAGUACAUCAAAACUGUAUAUACCGUACAAUCAGACAUCCGAUACGUAUGUUGUCGUUGAACCAUAUAUAGAUCUAGAUAAUCGUUUAAAAAAUAUAAAUAUUUUAAAAGAUAAUAUUACUUUAAGGGGUUUGAAUAUCGAUAUAGAUAAAAUAUGUGAUAAUUGGUCAAGUUUCAUAAGCUUACGAGAUGAAAUUGUCUGUUUAAAUGUUGAAAAACAAAAACUUGCUGAACAAUUAAAAAAGAUCAAAAAGGAUAAUACAAAUGAGAUACACGGACUUAGAGAAACUAGAUCGAAAUUGAUGACAAGAUUGAAGUCGUUGAGAGAUGAUAUUUCUACAUUGGAAGCGGAAGUGGUUAUUCCUAGUCUUAGCAUCCCCAAUAUCUUACAUCCUGAGUGCCCCUUAUCUGAGAGUAAAAUUUUAUUUCAACACUUGGGGAAAAUAAAAAUUGAUAAUAAAGAGUGUGUAGAUCAUUUAAAAAUUGGCUCUGCUUUGGAAUGUUUGGAUUUCAUAAAUCCUGUAAUGGUUUACAUUAAGAACAAAGCUUCUCUUUGUGAACAAGCAAUUCUGGCUUAUUUUAACGAGUCUCUAGAAAAGUCUGAUUUCAUACCUUUUUGUAAUUCGGACCUUAUUAAAAGUGUAAUUGUUGAAGGAUGUGGGGCUGACGUCAACAAUGCAGAUCAAACAUUUAUUUUAAGUGAUAAAAACCUGCACUUGGUGGGUGGUGCAAGUCUUCAAUCUUUCUGUGCAUUCCUUACCAAAGUGAGUGUGGGCGGAAACAAACUGCCUAUGAGGUUGUAUUCGACUGGUCGCUUGUAUAAACCCUACAUUAAAAACAUUGGACUUUUCUCUGCUGUACAAACAAAUGCUGUUGAGAUUUUCAUUGGUUCAACUGAUGAACAGAAAUCCAGAGACCAAUUUGACAAAAUGUUGGCCGUUUACAGACAGCUUUAUGAAAAUAUCGGUUUAGACUAUCGCAUAGUUUACUCACCAGUUUCUAAGUUAGAAAACUGGGAGAGCUUAAGGGCUCAAGUGGAACUGUACUCUGUCAGCUGUCGAGAUUACAUUGCGGUUGCUUCAUUAUCUUUGUCUGGAGAUUUCAUUAGCAAGCGUUUGAGAAUUUACUGGUCUGGUAAAGACAAACACAAUUUUUUAAACAUUGUUAAUGGAAAAAUGGUAGACACUAAUGUACUUCUAGGCUGUUUGUUAGAACAAAAUGUAAAUGAGUUCACUGUACCAGAUUGUUUGAAAAAUUGUAUGAUUGUAUAAAAUAAUAUUUAUAUAUUUACAUGAAUAAAUUACUAUCUAAUA